AUGAGGUCAUCUUCCCUGCUCGCCCUCGCGGCCCUUCCUCUUUCCUUCACCAAGGCACAACAAUACGCGGGAGAUAUCAUCAGCGCCUUCCUGCCCACCAUUGUCGGGGCCGAAGUGGCCUUUUUCCGCAUCCCGGAUCCCAGCGGACAGAAUAACAAUCUGACCCUCAUCAACUACUAUUCCCACCGAAGCGAUGGCUCCCGAAUCAUCGAGAGUGACAUUCAGCGCGCCAUUAUCGUCCCGCAUGGUCUUUUGCGAGAUCCGUGGAACUACGAGAAUGAUAUGAUCAAUGCUCUGAAAGUUGCACAGGCCAAAGAUGCGGGAAUCUCUCCGGACUCGGUCGCCAUUCUCGCUCCUUACUUCCCCAAUGGCAAUGACAAGGGACUGGCCUACCCGUGGACCGAAGGCCUCCGAGCGGGUCGCGGUUCGACGAGCAAUGCUCUCGUAUGGUCCGGCUCCCAGUGGUCUGCGGGUGCCAACAAUGCCUACCCACAUUCAAGUCGCAACACUUCAUCCUUCUUCGUCCUGGAUACCUUGGUCAAGUACUUUGACGACGCCACUCUCUUCCCCAACCUCAACCAGAUUGUCAUCGCCGGGCAUUCCAUGGGCGGUCAGAUGGUCCAACGCUAUGCUGCUGUCAGUCCCUAUCAAGAAACUCGCGUUCCCAUCACCCACUGGAUUGGCAAUCCCGAUAGCUACGCCUGGUUGGAUCCUUUCCGCCCUCUUUCCAACGCAAACUGUCCCGACUACGAUGACUACCGCUCAGGCUACAAUAAUUUCGAAGCUUAUGCCGGUGGGGACAUGACAUAUGGCGUCUCGAUUGUCAAUCAAGGUCGUGCAGCCAUCCAGGCCAACUAUCGCAGCAAGCAAAUCGCCUACGCUCGUGCCCUGCUCGACCGUGGCGAUCAUUCCAGCGACUGCGGCGCCAACACCACCGGUCUGGACCGCCACGAGCGCUUCUUCUUCUACAUCAAAAGCUUUACUCCAACCUGCGACGACCCGGCAGGCUACAACUGCGACACGGUCGACUUGAUCAACGUCUCCCACGACAAUGGACAAAUGUACAACUCUCCCGCCGGUCAAGCUCGAAUUUUCACCGACAACUUUUACGGCGAACAUGGUCGUGCCUACGAUUUCGGCUACCCACGUCUGCAAUCUGGAGAUGAUCCCUUUCCCGACCCAGUCCUUGUCAAUACGCCUCCGGUGGUGAAUGCCAAGGUCUACGCCAAUGGCAUGUCUUACCAAGGAUGCUGGACCGAUCAGGCACCGACAACCGUACAAGCCCUUCCAACCCUACUGUACAACGAUCCGAGCAACACCAUUGACUCUUGCACGACGGGCUGUGCGAAUGGAGGAUUCACGAUUGCUGGUGUGAAGAACGGGGGGGAAUGCUGGUGUGGAAAUGCUCUGGCGGGCGCCAGUGCCGUGUUGACGGUCGAUAGUGUGUGUCGAUUCCCUUGUCCGGGAGAUGCCUCGCAGAUUUGUGGKGCGGAUCAGAGGUUCAGUAUCUUUUCGACUGGCUUUCCGGCUUUUGCUUAG